AGGAGCGGGGGGGGGGCGGCGGCGAGAGUUAUCCAGGGCGGGGAGAGCGAGCGACGCGGGUUCUGGGGUUCUGACUGAAGCGCGGCGGCGGCGGCAAGUUGUCGGGCGGCAGCAUGUUCAGCUGGAUGGGGCGGCAGACUGGCGGGCGCGAGCGCUCGGGAGGCAUAGACGCGGUGCAGACGGUGACGGGCGGCCUGCGCUCUCUCUACCAGCGCAAGGUGCUGCCGCUGGAGGAGGCGUACCGCUUCCAUGAGUUCCACUCGCCAGCGCUGGAGGACGCCGACUUCGAGAACAAGCCCAUGAUCCUGCUGGUGGGUCAGUACAGCACGGGCAAGACCACCUUCAUCAGAUACUUACUGGAGCAAGAUUUCCCAGGCAUGAGAAUUGGUCCAGAGCCAACCACAGAUUCCUUCAUUGCUGUGAUGUAUGGGGAGACUGAGGGAAGCACCCCUGGCAAUGCUUUAGUUGUGGAUCCCAAAAAGCCAUUCCGAAAGCUUAGUCGCUUUGGAAAUGCUUUCCUGAACAGAUUCAUGUGCUCACAGCUGCCCAACCAAGUUCUGAAGAGCAUCAGCAUCAUCGACAGUCCUGGCAUUCUGUCUGGGGAGAAGCAGCGCAUAAGCCGAGGGUAUGACUUCUGCCAGGUCUUACAGUGGUUUGCCGAGAGGGUUGACAGGAUCAUCCUGCUCUUUGACGCUCACAAAUUGGACAUCUCAGAUGAGUUCUCAGAGGCAAUCAAGGCCUUCCGGGGCCAGGAUGACAAAAUCCGAGUGGUACUGAACAAGGCUGACCAAGUGGACACGCAGCAGCUGAUGCGAGUCUACGGGGCCCUCAUGUGGUCUCUGGGCAAGGUCAUCAACACUCCCGAAGUACUUCGAGUCUACAUUGGUUCAUUUUGGGCACAUCCCUUGCAAAAUACCGACAACCGCCGGCUCUUCGAGGCUGAAGCACAGGACCUCUUCCGAGACAUCCAGAGCCUGCCCCAGAAGGCUGCAGUGCGCAAACUCAAUGACCUCAUCAAGCGUGCAAGGUUGGCCAAAGUCCACGCCUACAUCAUCAGCUACCUGAAGAAGGAAAUGCCAAAUAUGUUUGGAAAAGAAAAUAAGAAGCGAGAACUUAUCUACAGGCUCCCGGAAAUCUAUGUUCAGCUGCAGCGAGAAUACCAAAUUUCUGCAGGGGACUUCCCUGAGGUCAAGGCCAUGCAGGAGCAGCUUGAGAACUAUGACUUCACCAAGUUCCACUCACUGAAGCCCAAGCUGAUCGAGGCUGUGGACAACAUGCUGACCAACAAGAUCUCAUCCCUGAUGAGCCUCAUCAGCCAGGAGGAGAUGAACAUGCCCACACAAAUGGUGCAGGGCGGUGCCUUUGAUGGCACCACAGAGGGGCCCUUCAACCAGGGCUAUGGGGAGGGGGCCAAGGAGGGUGCCGAUGAGGAAGAGUGGGUCGUGGCUAAAGACAAGCCAGUGUAUGACGAACUCUUUUACACGCUGUCACCCAUCAAUGGCAAGAUAUCAGGUGUCAAUGCCAAGAAGGAGAUGGUGACCUCCAAGCUGCCCAACAGUGUCCUGGGCAAGAUCUGGAAGCUGGCCGACUGCGACUGCGACGGCAUGCUGGACGAGGAGGAGUUCGCGCUGGCCAAGCAUCUCAUCAAGAUCAAGCUGGAUGGCUAUGAGCUGCCCAACAGCCUGCCCCCACACCUGGUGCCCCCCUCUCACAGGAAGUCCCUGCCGAAGGCUGACUGAGGGUACACAGCUGGGGUGGGAGGGGUGGUACCUGGGCCUGAAGUCUGCUCUGCCACUGACUUGCUGAAUGUCCUUGGCCAAGGUCCCAUCCUCUCAGUGACUCGGUUUUCUCAUAUGUAGGGCAGGAAGGGCAGAUCCUGGACACUAGAUGAGGUCUUUAUGCCUCUAAAAUCCCUGUUUCUAUCAAAAUAUUGAGAAGAGCAGUAUAUAAAUAUGGAGAUAAAAGAAUAAGAAGAAAAAAAAUUAUCCAAAGAAGAAUGUAGGUGUGACACAGGCUGUCAAAGUCUGGGCUCUCAGGGAGUGAGCCAGGGACUCACUGGAGUCUUCAGGGCUAUGCUGGACAGUAAGUUACCAUGAACCUCUCUGUCCUUCAGAGGGCACUGAGAGGCAGCAAAUGACCUAAGUUAUUUUCUUACCGUGUUUCCUGCUCUAUCUGGAGAGGAAAGGGAACAGAACAGAGUUUCUGCCCUCCGUAGAUUAAAACCAAAGAGAAGACUAAUGCCCGGGUUUGAAAGAGGAUGUGCCAUGUCUGUGUGGGCCACCCGCAGUCCCCAUCAGAGUAGGCAGCCGAGCUAGGAGAGCCUGCCUUGUCCCAGCACCUGCUGCCUGACCCUGCCAAGCCUCCCUCAGUUAGGAAUUCAGAGUUCACAAACCGUCAGCCCCUGGCAAGACCUGUAGACCUUCAAAUCGUGCUGAAGUCUGAGGGUGGUCUUUUCUUUCCAUUUCACAAAUAGUUUUCAGAAGAGUCAGUUUAUCAGACUUAAGAAAAGAAUCAGUCCCCAUCUGUCACUAAGCGUGCCCUUCGACCACUGAAUGUCCCCAAGGCUUUUUUGGUAGGUGACAGGAUUUAAAUUCAGUAAAGCUAUGUCCUGAUUUGUGUGGAGUCCCAGAGCCUUCGGGCCCAGGUAAAGCGAGAGCAGCCCCACCCUGAGCUGUGAGUGGAAGAGAUCAGCGUCCUGGUGGUUGGUGUUGAUUGACUUUUAGAGAAAGAAAUGCAUUUUAUUGUGUGCAGUUACGUUUUUUCUCACAAGACGUAGCCUCUCUGCAGAAAUCUUCUCUGUAAUACCUUCUCUUUCAAGCUAGAACACCUCACAUCAAGAGUGCUAGAACACCUCACAUCAAGAGUGCUAGAACACCUCACAUCAAGAGUGCCUAUCUGGGGCCAGGGUUGGGCUGCUUCUGCCUCUUCAGUGUUCUUUCCCAAGCCCACUUAUUCAGGUGCCGCAGGGGCUGCCUCCCACUGUACCCUGCUCUGUGGCCCGGCAGAGGGACACUGUCACCAUCACAGUGCAGCAGUGACCACAUGACCCAGCCCCAAUAGCAGCAGAAAUGAGUGAAUCUGAACAGUGCCCCUGAAUCUUCACACAGACAUAUCCAACCCCUAAUUGCCUGCGUCUGACAACCUCAGGGUCUGACUGGUGAUGUAAGAGAAAAGCUCACACCCAUUUCCCAGAACUUGGGAGGCAGAUGUAGGAGGAUUACCAUGAGUUCGAAGCCAGUCUGAGCUACAUUGUUAGUUUUAUGGUAGUCUGUGUAAAACAGAGAAUACUUAUGCCACCAUUCAUACUUCCUAUCUUUCUAAAUAAUGGUUUUAAGAGAAAUACUGUGUUCGCUUUACUCUGAAAGCAUGUUUUUAUUAAUCGGACACACACAGGUGAAUGUUUGAUCCUGGGGCUGUAACUGCAUUUCUGUCAGUGUCCACAGAGAGGUGAUGCCCGGGAGGGCUUGACUUUCCUCCCAAUUGUCUUCUGCUUUCUCUGCACAGUUGGCAUAUAUCUUCCUAAAUAUAAUCACAAAUGUA